GUUGGGCGCGGCGGCUUCGGCGUCGUCUAUGCGGUGGAGCUGCCCUCGCUGCCGGGCUGGGGCCGCGUCGCCGUCAAGCGAGCCCUCUCAGAGGUGGAUGCGAGGGAGGUGAUGGCCGAGGUGUCCAACUUGCGGAGGUGCGCGCACCGGGACGUAUUGCCGCUACUCGGCUACUGCGGCGCGCCACGUGCGGCUUGCAUCGUGACGGCGCUCAUGCGAGGCGGCUCGCUCGAUGACCACCUCCUGCUCUCACCCGACGCGCGGGCGCGGCUGCAGAAGCUCGGCUUCAAAGGCACUCCGGGCCUGUCGUGGUCGCAACGACUCUCGGCGCUCUGCGACGCGGCGAGGGCGCUGGUGCACCUCCACUCGAACCUCAUCCUCCACCGCGACGUGAAGACGGCCAACAUCCUGCUCGAC